AUCAAUCUUGUGGCUCCGCACCUGUUGCUGCUGCAUGUGGCCAACAAAAUCCUCACUUUCAAUCGAACCCUCUCGAACUUUCUGCAACCUUUCCCCCAUCUUUGUGCCUUUCUACGCCUUCCACACCUAUUUUCUUGCAGAAAUUCAUGUUGUUUUUGCAUGUCUCUAUAAAUCUUACCCAAAUAUUAUUUCGUUAAUCACAAUGCCAUUGUGUCAACCUCUUUAAAGUGCCGAACCCUCAUUUUAUAAAGUCCAAACAGCUUCAUUGCUGUUUGUUGUGCUGGUGGUGGUGGUGGUGGUGAAAAAUGUCCAAAUCUGGAACUUGUUAUUAUUCAGUUCUUGGAAUUUGUGAACAAGCUUCCCCUUCUGAAAUUCGUGAAGCUUAUCGUAGACAGGCUUUGAAAUGGCAUCCUGAUAGAUGGAUGAAAAACCCCAAUGUAUCAGGUGAAGCUAAGAAACGAUUUCAACAGAUUCAAGAGGCUUAUUCAGUUUUGUCGGAUAAAGGAAAGAGAAAGAUUUAUGACGCUGGGUUGUUGGGUCUACUUACAGACGAUGAUGAUGAAGGGUUUCUUAACUUCAUGCAAGAAAUGGUUUUGAUGAUGCAAAAUGUGGAGUCAAAGGAAGGAAACAGCUUGGAGGAUCUUCAAGGAUCGUUAAUGGAUAUGAUGGCUGAAGAUGAAAGACGAAUAUUUGGAUUUGAAUGGGAUUCUUCUCAAAAUGCUAAGAAGAGAGCACGUUUUUGCUGAUGGCCUUAAUGGUUGGUUUUUAUUUGGCAAAUUAAGGGGCAAUGCAAAGAAGGCAUUCAUCUGUUCUUCUUAUAUGUGUUUAAUUAGUGUAUUAAAUAUUCUUUCUUUUGUACAAAUUAGCUAAGAAAUAUGCAAAAUAUUUCUAUUUUCUC